GUACAACAUCAAGUCUAUUGUUGCAGUACAAUCAAGUACAACAUCGAGUCCAUUGUUGCAGUACAAUCUAGAACAACAACAAGUCCAUUGUUGUGGUUCAAUCGAUUACAACAUCAAGUUCAUUGUUGUAGUGCAAUCUGGAACACCAAGUCCAUUGUUGCAGUACAAUCUAGAACAACAUCAAGUCCAUUGUAGUACAAUCUUGUACAACAUCAAGUCCAUUUUUGUAGUACAAUCUAUUACAACAUCAAGUUCAUUGUUGUAUUACAAUGCAGUCUUGAUUAUAUUAUUACAACAACAGCUAAAAAUAUUAUUGUAUUUCUUAUAGUCCUUGUAGAAAUCCAUGAAUUUAUUCCUUGACCAUGCCCUCAC